GCAGAAGCGUCGACGGCGGCGGCGACGUUGCUCAGUCUUCGGGGUGGGCUCCGUGGCGCAGGCGGGGGUGCGCGGAGAGCUCAGCGGUCAUCGGCUGUGGCCCUAAAGAGGCCGCGGCGCCAUGGCGGGGCGGUAGACGGGCUCCGGCGGGCGACUUGAGGGGCGGCGGCGGUCAUCCGGUCCGCGGCGACCAUCCGGUCCGCGGCGACCAUCCGGUCCGCGGCGACCUUCGGUGGGGCCUGGGGGUGGGGAGGCCCGGGGCGGGGGUCGUCCCGGGCUGCGCGGGGCCGCGGGGCGGGGCUCGCCGGUCGUCGGGGAACAGGAGGCCUGGGCCGCCGCGAGUAGCCGCCGCCGGUCGCCGGGCCCUGCCGCCGGGCCGCUCGACGACGACGCUCCCGCGGGGGCCCCGCCUGAGGAGGACGCGGCGGCGGCGAGGCCGCGGGAGGCCGCGGAGGAUGGAGGAGCGGAAGGAGGAGGGCGAGGCCGAGAUCCAGGAGCACGGGCCGGAACACUGGUUCUCCAAGUGGGAGCGGCAGUGCCUGGCCGAGGCCGAGCAGGACGAGCAGCUGUCCCCCGAGCUGCAGGAGGAGGCGGCGGCCGCCGCACAGCCCGAGCACAAGCAGCAAAAGCUGUGGCACCUCUUCCAGAACUCGGCCACCGCCGUGGCCCAGCUUUACAAAGACCGAGUGUGUCAGCAGCCAGGACUUUCUCUCUGGGUGCCCUUCCAGAACGCAGCCACCGCCGUCACCAAUCUCUACAAAGAAAGCGUGGAUACUCAUCAGCGAAGUUUUGAUAUUGGAAUUCAGAUUGGCUAUCAGCGACGCAAUAAGGAUGUGUUGGCUUGGGUUAAAAAACGCAGAAGAACUAUUCGUAGAGAAGAUUUGAUCAGCUUCCUGUGUGGAAAAGUUCCUCCACCACGAAACUCUAGAGCUCCCCCAAGACUGACUGUAGUGUCCCCUAACCGAGCUACUUCAACGGAAACUAGCUCAUCUGUAGAGACUGAUUUGCAACCCUUCCGGGAAGCCAUAGCUCUGCAUGAGCUGCUCCUUUUUUUGUCUUCUCUUCUGCUUUGGCCUUUCUGGCCUUUCCUCAGCUUCACUGAUCUGGAUUAUGUUCCUCGGGAUUCUAGCCAUAGCUGCCACCUUCUGCAGGUUCUUCAAGAGCCAUCUUCCUCUUCACUUCCAGAUAUGUAUGUCUUACAUAAACAUUCUCUCUUGACUGCCAAACGUAUAUGUCCCUUUGUCCUCUGGUCACAUUUCCCAGGGUGUCCCACCAGAUGAAGUUUCAGACUGGACUCAUUCUGCCCCAACAAUAGCAAAUAGAUGUCGUUUCUUCAUUUAGCCAUUAGCAGAUUCUUUAUAUGUCAGAUUCUGUGCAGUCUCUGGGAAUAUAUAAGUGAAUAAAGAUUGCUUCCUUUUUCUGCUGAGGCAAACACAUAUUUGGGUAAUUUAUUGUAACAUCUUAAAUGUGAUAUGUGUAAGAUGCCUGGGGCAGAAAGGAACAUUUCACAGUGCAGCCUGGCGGUGGGGUCAGGGAAGGCAUUCUUCUGGAGGAGGUGUCAGGGCUGUUGGGAUAAUCUCCUUUCUCCCCUGCUUCCUGGUCCUGAGCUGACCUACUCACCCUUCCAUCUUUCAUGUGACUACUGGAGUGGUCUUUCUGAUCUUGUCCCUUCACUGCUUAAAGAUUUCCUGUGGUCUACAUUGUGAAGUCCGAACUCAGCAUGGCAUUGCAAGGCCUUUAUAAUCUGGUCUUGACCUUGGGUCAUUUAUCCUAGGCAUCUCUUGAAUUCCUCCAUACUCAUUUACAGGUUUUCCCCUUCCCCUUCAUCCUUUAGGAGUGAACAGACCUCACUUCUGUGAUGUAGCUUUUCUUAGUUCUCCUUAUUCUCUAAAGCUUUCCCUGCACUGUGCAUCUCUCCCACUUGAUUUGUUUCCAUGGUUGUCUCUGCCAAUCAGCCGGGUGUACAGUAGAGCAGAGGCCUUGACUUGUUCCUUUUGGCUUUAAUAGAAUCUAGCAAAGAACCUAGCAUAGGUGUAUCCUGAGUUUUCAACAGGGGUUAACACAGGUCUGUGAUGUGAGUGAAUACCACACAGUGGGGUCAGAGAACUUCUGGAAAGAGUUGAGGAUUACAAUCCCCAGAUGACUUCAGUCAGUAUAGAAUGUAAUCUGUGUACCUAGGGGUGCUACAAAGAAAUAUUGAAUUAGAACAGCUGAGUUGGGGGGGGGGCGCUGAGGGUGAUACACCAUUAGAGCUACUUACUGUUUUAGUUUUUACUUUGUAUCACCACCAUGCUAAGGAUGUUCUCAUUUAACCCUCACACUUACCCAUCCUGUGUUAUACCAUUUUAUUGAUGAAGAAAGGCUUAUUUGGCUAAGAUGGAGCAGGCUAGUAAGUGGUAGAAUAGAUAUUCCAGAUCUAUCUGGCUGUAAAAUGCUUCCUCUUAACCACUAUGCUUCUGUAUUUGUAGAUUUAGGGCUUUCUCCAGCCACUCCCAUCCCCUCUUUGUAGGGAUUGGGGUGGAUUGGGAAAGGUCUUAAGGCUUUUCUUUUCUAAAGACAUCAGAAAAUAGGUGAAUUUUGUAUCUCUGGAAUUUUCCUCUACAAGUGAAUCUGGUUAAGUUGGCUUGUAGAUGAAUAGUUUGUGACCUUCUGUAUCCCUGAUUCACUGUGGUAGGAAGAAUACAUAGGUUUUGUGUAUAGUUUGUGUUCCUGUAUAACUUCGGGCAACAUGCUUAAGCUUUCCAAGCCAGUCUCCUUUGUGAAAAGUGGUAUAUUUCUUUAUAAAGUGAUAUAUUAAAUGAGAACCUAAGCAAAUUACCCACACUACCACUUAAUUUUUUGCCUUGAGAAGAGGAGGAUUGCUGGUUAUUUCUAGUUCCUAUGACUGCCCUCUUUGCCCCUGGACAGUGUUAACUACAAAAAUAGACUUAGAGUCUAGUAUCUCAAGCCCCAGUGGCCGUUGAGGAUAUUUUUUGCCUCUCUAUUCAGUAAAGGUGAUCUUUUAAAUUACAUAUAUCACUCUGCUGGGAGAGAUAAUUUAAAACUUUAAUAUUAACUUCUUGCCUAAAUAUUACUAAGAUCCUGAGCUUGUUUCAUACUAUCAAGCUAUGCAGUUGGUUACAUUCUCAUUCUACUGACUAGAGAGGGCUUCUGAGUUGAUUUGCCCAAGCUAGUGCUGUGCCUGGACAGCCUUAGAUUGAAAUCUGGUCUCCUGAUUCUGAGUUCUGUUUGUUAUCAGGGGAAUUAAGUGCAAAGGUUCUAGAGUAAGAAUGGGACACGUUCUGGGAGGUGCUGUGCCUGGACAGCCUUAGAUUGAAAUCUGGUCUCCUGAUUCUGAGUUCUGUUUGUUAUCAGGGGAAUUAAGUGCAAAGGUUCUAGAGUAAGAAUGGGACACGUUCUGGGAGGGGAUCUGGAUGCCAGCCAAGUCAGACUUCAGAGCCUCACUGUCACUCAAAUCAUCUCAUAGACAGUCUUUGUAGGUUGCUGACCUUGGUUCAGACUGACCCAUAAAAAUUAGAGAUACUUAGUUUUAGUUCCAAAAAUGACUUGAUAGCAUUCUUGAUUGCAGUACUUUAUUGAGCCUGGGUUAUCCCUCUGUAAAAUUACCCAUCAUUUCAGACUGAAAGACCUCUAGCAUGCAGGGUAUGCUGUCACAGUAGGUAGGCAUUGGUGGGAACCAUUGCUGUCAUUGGCAUUUGCUUUAAGAUAUCUUACCAAUUUUAAGUUCCUGUCAUGUUGAAAACAACUUUUAGAGGACAGUGGGGUACAGUAUUUGCUAGCAUAAAUGCUAAGAGGGACUCAAGACAAUAUAGCCUUUGAUAUGACACUAGAGAAUUUCAGAAAAACAAAGGAAAGAUUUUUUUUUUUAAAGUAGUACUUUGUGAGUUAAAAAAAAAGACAGCUUUGUCUUAGUCAUUUUUGGUUUGAAAACCCUGUUUUCUUUGUGAGUUUGGUGUUAAGAGUUCUGAUUUCUGUAGUUAAAAACCUUCUGCAGAAGGCAUGGUCGUUUAAAACUAAAUUAUGUACAAUAUAAUUCUGUGGCCUUUCCUGUUGCUCUGCAUUUACUGAACACAGUGAACACCAAGCACUCUGUUGGUUAGAGGCUAGUGGCAAGGACAGGUGAUAAAAUGAUGAAUAAACUAAUUUCCUUAAGGAGCUCCUGGCCUGAUAGGAUUGUAUUAGACAGUUUGAAGUAUAUUAGCCCAGGGAAACAGAUUGAAGUACAGUGUCAUUGCCUUGGGAGCUAAUAGGCUCCAUUUCUGGCUUCUCCUUUUUCUUUUCUUUCCUUUUUUUUUUUGGCCUAACAAAGUCUUUUCCAUGGGCUUCAUAGGGAUCCUUACUCUCUUAAAUCAUUAAGUUGCUUGACAGUUUCUUGGAUGUGGUGAAAGUGGGAGUAGGGUCCUAUAAGAAAAUGUAAUCAUUUGAAAUUGGAUUCAGGACUGUAGGGUCAGAUAGGAAUUUUUAUCUAGGAAAAAUGUAAGGCACAUUCCUAAUUUGUCACACCAAAAGCAUAAAACUGUUAAUCUUCUUUUCCCUAGAGUUUAUGGAAAGCUUUGGUUUUAGGCAGCCUGAAGCAAUAGGAUUUUUUCCCCUCUGAGCACAGGUUUUUGUAGCUUUUGUUUUUUAUUGUCAAAAAAUUCUUGGUUUACGUGUGCCCAAGUGAUAAAGAAGGGAAGUUACCAAGUUUUGUGAGGACAUAUCUUUCCUGAUAAAAUUGCCUAGAUGAUUGAUAUUUAGUACAUUUAAGAAGAAAUUUAAUGAUUGCUGCUUUCUCUCAUGUUCCUAUCACUUUUCCGUCCUUUUCAUCGAUAUAGCUCAAUGUUUAGAAAUAUAUCUUCACAGCUAACACGGAUGUUUAAGUAUUUUUAAACUGAUGGUAUAGCAUAAAAGAAACUCGUUGCAAUUUUUUGUUGCAGAGGAUUAAUUAGAAUUGACCUGAAUCACCUUUCAGAAUCCUCUUUUCCCUGAGGAAACCCACACUAUUAGCAGUGGGUGGAACCAUAGUAGAUCUUAGUGAAUGCUUGUUGAAUGUUGCAGUCUUGCAUCUUGAAAUAACAGAACUGGUGAUAGCUAUUUAACAGUGAAAUGUGUCUAAAAACUUAUUUGGAAAUUAACAUGUAAGAGAUUAAUGCACCAAAGCAAUCUCUUAAUUGCUUACAAUUGACUAUUUCGAGAAUCUUCUUUAAAUUUCUUCUGAAGGUUAGAAUUUCUAAAUUACGCCCUUUGUUCAAACCAACCCCCGAGAAUGAGAACAGUAAGGCAAUUAAGAUACCAUUAAUUAAGAUACUAUUAAGAUUUUCAGAGAAAAGUUGGCAUUUUCUGUAUAUUAAGAUUUGGUAUUAGCUGCUGAAGUUUCUGGAGAUAGGACCUAAAGCUUCCAACAUCAAAAGUACAAAAUUGUCUUGAACCAGCAAUAAGAUUUUGUGGGACUUUUUUUUUUUCAUUGUGAAAAAGGAGGCCAUGCCUCAAAGCCAGUUUACUUACCUGUUACUUAUUUAAUAAUUCAUUGGUAGUUAUGAAGCAGUUUAAUAUCUGAGUUUAAUUUUCUUAUUUUCUGAUUUAUAAAUAUUAAUUUCUUGGAAAAUUAGAAAAUUUUCAAAAAGUAAAAAAUUCAGUAUCUUGUUAUCCCACUAUAUAGAGAUAACUGCAGUUAAAUGUUUGGUGCAUUUUCUUCCAGUCUUUUUUUCAAUGUAUAAAUAUUAAAAUUAUUUUAUAGUUGAGAUCAAUACUGCAUAUAUGGUACUGUAUCUUGCUUUUUUGGUUUUAAUGACGUGAGCAUUUUUCCCAUGGCAUUAAAAACUGUCUUUGAAAAAUGGAAAGCAUUUUGGGCUGUCAGCAUAACUGAAAAUGUUUUCUUGGUGUGACACUUGUAUCUUUGUAAUUGGUUUGAUUUAGUGUGCUUUACUUCAAUAAAAAUUCAGUAUUAUAAUUUA